GCUCCAUCCUCACAUCGCAUACUGCCUAUCGCCGCAACUCAAGAUCGCAUAAGUAACUGCGCCUACGGAUUACAGCCAAUUCCUUCCGCGCUUCUUCCCCCCAAGAGGAGAAUCGACAAAGGAACGCGUCCUAAAGGCUUUCGCCACCACCUUUGUUUCUCAGACAUUCUUUUCGAUAUUCGCUACAACUGUUUCCCCCACAACAGCGACACAACCAUGUCGGUCGACUUCAGUAUCGGGUCGCCUUUUGCGACCACAUUGCAAGGGAUUGUUCAGCCGAAACUAGCAGAAUACGGUUGGACAACGGGAGAUCCUGAGGACUCGACAAUCUUCGAAUACAUCCUCUUAAUGCUGGGCAACAACAAGGACGAGUCUCAAAUUGCGUCAGAACUUUCGAAUGACCUUCUCGAUCUCGGACCCGAGAACCCGGAGACGCAGCAGUUCGCAAAGUGGCUGUUUGACCAAAUUCGUCAACUGACAAACGGACCCGCUGAUGCUCCUCAACCGGACGCCUCCCAGAUGGAGGCUACAAGCACCGACGCGCCAACAGGAGGGCAAGACACAGAGAUGGACGGCACCGGCGAGGCCAGUCAAAGCAGCAUUCCGACAGGCCCCAAAGCUAUGCGCAACGGGAGCGGGGCAAAAAUGCCCCGGGGUGGCCGCAUGCUCAACAAUAUCAACAGACAGAUGGGUCGCGAUGACUCUGCUCUCCACCGCGUUCGAGGUUCGCAAGGUUCGGGCGGUCGCAUCGAUUCCCAUGCCCGCGCACCACCCAAAGGGCCUCGAUCGGACAAUAUAGGAAGAGGCGUCGCUGCAUUGGCAAAUGGUAGAGGCACCGGCAAUGUUGGUGUUUCUAUGGGUGGGCCAGGUAUGAAUAUGAAUGGCAUGAACAUGGGGGGCAUGGGCAUGCCAGGGAUGCCCAUGGCUCCGAUGGGUCAAAGUGGGAUGCCGGGCAUGCUUACCCCACAACAGCAGAUGGCAUUGAUGCAGAUGUAUGAGCAACAAGCUCAUAUGAUGCAGCAGAUAUUUGCUGGUCAGACGCCUGCGCCGUAUAUCAACCCGAACUUCCCGCAGAACAAUCGAAAACAGGGAAGACCCCUUCAUGAACGCGUCGACAAGUCAAGACAAGGCAACAAACAGUCCCUCCCUCCAUCUACCAAGUUCACAAAGAACGACGGGCAAGACGAGACCAUGACGGACAGUACGCCCGCUGGAGAUGGUUCUGCAAUGGAGGUUGAAGGAGGUAGGCCGGACCCGUUCCAGACGAUGUGCAAGUUCAACUUGCGGUGCGGCAAGCCCGACUGCCCCUUCGCGCAUCAGUCGCCCACAGCACCUGAAGGGACCCCACUCGAUAUGAACGACACUUGCAGUUUCGGUGUCAAGUGCACGAACAAGAAGUGCGUUGGCAAGCACCCCUCACCGGCACAGCGACAGCAGUUCCAAUCGGAACAGGAGUGUGCAUUCUGGCCGAACUGCCGCGAUCCGGUCAACUGUCCCUACAAACACCCGGAGGUUCCUCCCUGCCGCAACGGAGCUGACUGCACCACGCCCGGCUGUAAAUUCUGGCAUACAUCGGUCAUGUGCAAGUACAACCCAUGUACCAACUUCCGAUGCCCGUACAAGCAUGUCGAGGGUCAAAAGAAGACUUUCAAAGAUAAGGUGUGGGUGGCCCCUAAACCUGGAGAUGAGCAAAAGAAGGAGCAUGUGAGUGAGCGGAAGUUUGUCGAGGACGACGCGGAAGAGGAGCUCAUCAUCCCUGGGAAGAACAGUGAUGAUGAUGUGGUGAUCACUACAUGAGGGUCGACACGCUAUCAAGAUGCAAAAGAGGGUCAGGGUUUGCAAAAGUUUUAGGCUAGGAUGAUGAAGCACAAGACUUGUAAUGUAUCAUAUCUUCGGGCUAUUGCGCCUGGGACGGAACUUGGCGUUAACGGCACGUUCUCUGAGACAGCAUAUCAUGGUUACCGAUGUGGAGGAGGGCUUCUUCAUGUUUUGGGUAUACCUCGGAAUGAACAAUGGUUUCACGGUCUUUUGCGCCGCU